GAAAGGAUGCUGCUUGCGGUUCUCUUCACGAACACCGAGGGCAACAUCCUCGUUGAACGCUUUCAGGGAGUUCCUACAGAGGAGAGACUCCAUUGGCGAUCUUUUCUAGUAAAGCUAGGAGCAGAUAAUCUAAGAAGAGCUAAAAAUGAAGAACUUUUUGUUGCUUCUCACAAGUCUGUUUAUAUUGUGUAUACCAUGCUUGGAGAUGUCUCAAUUUACGUUGUUGGCAAGGAUGAGUAUGAUGAAUUAACUUUGUCCGAAGUUAUCUAUGUGAUAACCUCCUCCGUGAAGGAUGCAUGUGGUAAGCCUCCUACGGAACGCCUAUUCCUUGACAAGUAUGGAAAAAUUUGCCUAUGUCUGGAUGAAAUAGUUUGGAAGGGGCUGCUGGAGAACACUGAUAAGAGCAGAAUCCGACGUCUGACAAGGUUAAAGCCUCCUACUGAUGUCUGAAAGAUCAAUGUCUCUCCUACUGGCAUGAUCAAGGGGACAUCGAUGCAAGAAAAUAGAAAUGGAUUGAUAUAAAUCUUAGCUUUCUAGGAGAUGCAAUCUUUCACAGUUGUGCUUCAGAUUUCUUCCAAAUCCACAUCAGCACACAUUUAACUUUCCUGGAUCAUUUUAUUACAUGCUACUUUUGUCAAGAUCCAUAUAUUGUUGACACUUUGAUCAUAGUAGGGCCAAAGAGAAACUCAAUAUACCAAAGUAUCAAUUUGCUCUUCUUUUAGUGAACCAUUUUGCAAGAGAAGUGAAUUACUUGAGAGUAUUAAUGUGAUUUA